CGUGUGGUCAAAAUGUCUAUAUUUGGAAAAUGUGACAUAGCAUGAACUUUUUGAGAAAAUUGAAACCUUUUUCUUCUAAUCGGUGGAAGGACGUCACGCUCCAAUAAGUGGUCAUAAACAAUGCAACCGGGGUGAAGAAAACGAUUAUUGAGCUCUGCAAAUCGCAAAAACUAAUUACAUGUGAGCGACUGUCAAUAGUAAGAGGGGGCUUCCUAAAAGUCUCGGGCAGGCAUGGGCGCUAAAUCUGUUUUAAUUCUUUUUAUCAUCUGACCUGUUCAAAGAAAAAGGGGGUGUUGUUUCUCCCAAAGAUCGCGCCAAUAUGACAACAGAUCAGAUUUCCUCAACCGGAUCGGUUUUAGUGAGACGUGUGUAUGCCAGCCGAUUUUCUGCGGAGGGCAGCACCAAGCCAGUGAUGUCCCUCUCCGCCGAGGAGGAGGCGGUGGGCACUCGGCAGCGGGACGCUCCCUGCUAAUGCGCGGUGCAGUAUCCAACGCCGCGACUAUGGACGGUGUAUCGUUGGGACACUGCCUCUCAUGUCUUACCAAUCGGGCAGCCACUGCAUCCUCACCGCGGCCAAAUGGCACCGGUGAAUCUGAGGAGGACACAGUCGAUGGAGGGAUGCACACCUUCAACCAGACACACAUGAGGAAAGCCUUCCAGCUGAUGAAUGACCUGCGGAGCAAGAAGAUGCUUUGUGAUGUCCAGCUGGUGGCAGGGAGCAUUGCAGUACCAGCUCACAGGGUUGUCCUUGCUUCCUGUAGUCCCUACUUCUGUGCCAUGUUCACAGGUGAUAUGAGUGAGAGUAAAGCCCAGGAGGUGGAGAUUAGAGAGGUGGAUGGUCAGACCCUGAAGAGACUGGUGGACUACAUCUACACAGCUGAGAUAGACGUCACAGAAGACAAUGUCCAGGUUCUCUUGCCAGCAGCUAGCCUUCUCCAGCUGAUGGACGUACGUCAGGUGUGCUGUGAGUUCCUCCAAUCCCAGCUUCACCCCUCCAACUGCCUGGGCAUCAGGGCCUUUGCUGACCUCCACACGUGCACACAGCUCCUCAACCAGGCCCACGCCUAUGCCGAGCAACAUUUCUGUGAGGUGGUGCAAGGAGAGGAGUUUCUGGGCCUCUCUCUACAACAGGUGUGCAGCCUCAUUUCCAGUGACAAACUCACCGUCUCUACAGAGGAGAAGGUGUUUGAGGCAAUGGUUGCGUGGAUCAAACACGACAAAGCGGCACGCCUGGAACACAUGCCCAAACUGAUGGAGCAUGUCAGACUGCCACUGCUGUCCAGGGACUACCUCGUACAGAUUGUGGAGGAAGAGGCUUUGAUAAAGAACAACAACACAUGUAAGGAUUUCCUAAUUGAAGCCAUGAAGUACCACCUACUGCCAGCUGACCAGCGCCACCUCAUGAAGACAGACAGAACCCGGCCGCGCACUCCUAUCAGCAUUCCCAAGGUCAUGAUUGUGGUAGGGGGCCAGGCUCCUAAGGCCAUCCGCAGUGUUGAGUGUUAUGACUUCCAAGAAGACCGCUGGUACCAAGUAGCCGACCUGCCUUCCAGACGCUGCCGUGCUGGCGUGGUCUCAAUGGCAGGCCAUGUGUAUGCUGUCGGGGGGUUCAACAGCUCACUGCGGGAGCGGACGGUGGAUGUGUAUGAUGGGGUGAGGGAUCAGUGGAGUGCGGUGUCUAGCAUGCAGGAGAGGCGCAGCACGUUGGGGGCCGCAGUGUUGGGUGACCUGCUGUAUGCUGUGGGGGGCUUCAAUGGAAGCAUUGGUCUAUCUACAGUAGAAGCGUACAGUUGGAAGACCAAUGAGUGGAUCUAUGUAGCCUCCAUGAACACGCGACGCAGCAGUGUGGGAGUGGGGGUGGUCGAUGGAAAGCUUUAUGCCGUUGGAGGCUAUGACGGUGCAUCCCGUCAGUGUCUCAGUACAGUGGAAGAGUACGAUCCUGUCACUGACCAGUGGAGCUAUGUGGCCGACAUGAGCACUCGGCGUAGCGGGGCAGGUGUAGGAGUGCUGAGUGGUCAGCUGUACGCGGCGGGCGGUCACGAUGGACCUUUAGUGAGGAAGAGUGUCGAGGUGUAUGACCCACAGACCAACACCUGGAGACUGGUGUGUGAUAUGAACAUGUGCCGACGCAAUGCAGGUGUGUGUGCCAUUAACGGGCUGUUAUAUGUGAUUGGGGGAGAUGAUGGAUCCUGCAACCUCUCCUCAGUGGAGUUCUACAACUCAGCCACGGACAAAUGGAGCCUCAUUCCCACCAACAUGAGCAACGGGCGUAGCUAUGCUGGAGUUGCAGUGAUCGACAAGCCGUUAUGACUAAGGGCCUCCCUGCCCCUUGAGGGCUGGGUCACCCAUAAUGGCAUCGCUCCAGAGGCAGCCGGAUUUUCUGAGGCACACACCGAUGUUUGAGGCUCAACAGUCAAUGUAACGUGUGAGCUAGAGACUGGCUGGAAGGUCUGAACAAUUUUGAACGUCAGCUGACAUAUACGAGGCUGGAACUUGAGGGUUGAGAAGAGACCGGCCUGUCUAUUUAGCUGCUAUCUCCAAGCCACUUUCUUUAGACACAAAUGAAAUCCUGGCUUGCGAGAACAGUUUUGCACUAGUCCUGGGCUGUAUGAACUACGGUAUAGUGGGCCUGUUAAGUGUCUGUUAUGAAGAUAGAAAUGCGAAUCAGCUCUACUAACCUGAUACAGGCAUUGGAAAGAAGACUGUCAGUAAGAGGGAACUGCUGUACGCUGGCCUGACAGGACAGAAGAUUUCCAAAUUCAGAAUCCAGUAUAAUGAUCAGAAGUGUCCACUGGCAGUAUCUCACUAAUAAGAGUGGAUGCCGAAUGCUGUCAUACUGUUGGCAGCUGCCAACAUCGGGCAACUGAUCUGAACAGCUUAACAUGUCACAGAACAGAAACAUCCACCGUAUCAACUCCCUGAACUUUGGUAAUCAUAGCUAUUCAUACAGACUGCUAACAGCCUCAUUUACCUGUAAUAAGUCACUUGAUUUGAUACUUUGGCUUGCUGCAUUGUCUAUGGUAUUGCACUGACUGGCAGCAGAUAGGGCAGUGCUGGCAUGUAAAUGGCUACUGGCAACAACGGUGUGUAAAAGUCCAGUUUUUCCUUGCUGGUUAGUGAGGAAGCGAUGGUGCACAAUGGAAACAGUUGAUGAAUCAUCAUUUUUGCCUCAGUCCUUGAAACAGGAGCAGGCCUCCAGCGUCUAGUUGCUCAGUCUGGACACAGCAUUAUUUGAUACAGUUUAUUGGGCGAAUAACUAUCAGAGCUUGAAAUCAAUGUUGAUCCAUUCAGAUUCAGCAACUGACACCUUUUAUAAUAAUAAUCAACUCAAGAAAACUGGAUUCUUUAAAGAGCUGUGGCAAAAUAGAAAUCACUAUUGGACUUAAAGUAGCAAAGUCAUGGACACCACAGAGAUGGGCCCACCCACAGAAAUGGCUGGGCCCCUGAAUAGGUCCAGUGAAUAUCAACACAUGCAUGCUCUCUCUCCUACUAAACACAUACAUGUAAACUGAGAGACUUACUCAGUAACAGGGGCUACAUAGACACACACACACACACACACACACACACACACACACACACACACACACACACACACACACACACACACACACACACACAAUAGAACUCUUUGACACACUUAAACACACCAAGGUCAGCAAUGAUCUGCUACACUUACACCACACAUUUCUUAGUAGAAAAUGCAAUUUCUUAACUUAUGGCUUCAUCUUUGCCUCAUAUACAGCCAUCUUCCUUGUCUUACUGGAUGCAAAAUCCUUUAUAAUGUCUUUAAAUUCCAUUUGUUUAGCCAGUUCAAUGGUAAGUAUUGCCAUUAUCAUUGUUUAUAUUUAGAAUGAACAUGAUUAUUGCUGCUCCCCCGCCUCACAGCAGCUGGGCCCCAGAAAGCUUUCCCCCUUUUCCCCCUUAUGGGCGGCCUUGCACAGAAAGUUGGUGCUUUAAGUAAUGGGAUACAAGAACAUUUACAUCAAAAAAUUACCAUACCCAAAUCUGAUAUUUAUUUAUACCUUCUUUGAUAAACACUCUUUGUGUUACACAAUGGUGAAUAUUUGCAACCUAUAGGCUUGUCCUAAUAAGUGGUCAAGUAAAAUAGAAUAAAAAGGGGGAUACGAGUCACUCUUAUGUGCUCCAGUCCAUCAUUCUGCGUCAUGUAGACUGAAGGUUGCAAAUAGGUCGCUGUGUUUGUACGAGCUUGCCCUUAAAGAUAGAGAACCACCUCUGUGGUGUUGAAGGCAGGUUAGCCACUUUACCAGAGUACUUGAUGGGUUUACUGUGGAUGCACUACUGAUGCACUGUAGACAUGCACUGACUAGAUGCAAAUUAGCAGGCUGGCUGUCUGCCACACUUACUAUCUGACUGGCUGGGUGGAUGUAUGCCCCAUCUUACGGACUGAUUGAAGGAAUGGUUGACGGGCUGUUCAUCUGCCAGUCUGACUGUGUCACAGAGCAUCUCUCAGCUGAAUGGUCACCCCACUGCUUGCCUCCAAGGAGACAAGGAAGAGUGUCUUAAUCCUCUUCCUCCAGAAUCAGAAUAUGGACCCAUGAGAGGGUGAUAUGAUGGGGGGGCCAAUGCAAAACUACAGCCAUAUUCCAGGUGACAACUAUGUGGUCAUGUUGUGGUUUUAUCACCCUUACAGCCAAUUGAAAUGGGAGAUUCGUGCUCGUCACUAUCUAAGAGUGUUUCAAAUGCACUGCAAAAACCGCCACCAAGGGUCAGGGAGUACAUCUAUCUGGAAUGCACAACUCCUAAGAGAUUUCAAAUGGAAAAGGCCUGUUUCUUGCUUUCUUCACAAAUGUUUCAUUGUUUUUAUGAUUACAAUCCCCUGAGGUAAUAGUUGAAAUAUGUAAGCAGUAGUGGGUGAACUGAAGUUAGUGCCAUAUUAAAGGGAUAUAUUGAGAAAAUGAGAUUUUAUAGAUACUUUUAUAUUUAAAAAUGUGCUGAGCCAAAAUCUAUCUGCGUACAAUCUGCUAAACUGUUGCAAUAAAUCAGCAGGCAUCAGUUUCUAACAGAAUCAUAAACUCGAUUUUAUCUCGUUUUCUAACAUUUUAUCACUUGAAGGUGGCUUGGGUUGUUGCAAACUAACAGAUUAUACAGCACCUGAAAAGAAAAGGAGGUUGCAAGGUAAUCUUUUUUGUAAAGUGAGAUAUUUCUAUUCAUUGUACAAGCCAAAGGUUUUUAUCUUUAUUACAUCAGUUUGCAAUUAAAGCUACAAUCCUGAAGAUGGUCCAUUUUCGUUGAACUUACUGACACCUGUGGUGGUGGUAAUUGCAUUGGUGUUUGACCACAACAGAUCCCAGAGAUCCAUUUGAAAUGAAUGUGUCACCAGUGCUGCUGUGUCAGCACUUUCCCCCAAUGCCCCAAUGCCAAACAAAGAAAAAAGAUGAACCUGAAAUAUUGAUGUGUGUUUAAAGAUCUUCUUUGAGACUGUUCUUCUGAAUCUGCUUAUCGGUCAUACCUUCUUUUUUAAACUCGCCACCACCUGCCUUAUUCUGCUUUUGGCUGCUAUAGAGAAGAUGACACUAUGCGGCAUCUCAUUGUAGCAGGCAAAGUCCUACCCGACAGCUAAUAUUAGAAUUAGCCAUUACAAAAGUCUUUCAUGAUUUGAAUAUUCAUGGAUUCGCUAUUGUCUUAAAUUUGCCAGCAAGAGUAUCAAAAAAGAUGUUUGUUUGUAAUUAAAUCUUCAGGAUUGUAGGUUUUAAUAUAAUGAUCUAAAUGAUUAUAAGCACAGUAAAAAUUCCUAACUGGGUUAAGAAAAAACAUUAAAAUACACUCAUAUGGUUCCUCUGAUGUUUUUAGACGUUUAUGGCACCAUAAUGUCUUUUAUGAAUUUAAUCUUCUUGCUCUUGGACAUUUUGGCAAUGGGAUGGCAGCAGCACAACUGACUGUAAUUUCUGUUUGAUUCAAUCAAAACCAAGCAGCAUUCUACACUUUAUUUGGUUUUCUCAGUGUAAACUGAAUUCAUGGUACACAGAUGUAGUGUGAAUUCAGAUGUACUAUAAAUGUACUACAGAUGAUCAGUUCAAAUCCAGCAAUAGGGAUAGAUGGGUGGGUCAGCAUGUGUUGGCUUUUCCAUCACAGGUUCCCUUGAAAAUGCAGCUAAAGAGGAGAAAGUUCAUUCAUCGAUGCUGAGAAAGGAGGAUGCCAUCCCUUUUCAUCACCCCCCAUAUCAUCUGCCAAACAAAGAUGUAACAGAAUGAUUCUCAAACUUUUGUGUUGUACAACACUCCUCUGCCAGGCACUUGGUACAUAAAAAUACACUGAGAAAAUAAAGGACAUGGAAUAUGAGCCCAAAUAGCCUCCACUGACAACAAGAAUCCAAGUUCAGGCCCUUUUGUUUAACAGUUAAAGAAUUAGGAGAACAAACAGCUACAUUUAUCAACAUCCCUCAUUACCAAUCUUUGGAAAUUGAUUUUUCACUAAUAGCCUAUUUGAAAAAAAGAAACGACACCACCUAUUUGAUGGCAUGUAGAAUCAAAGCACGCUAUCUAAAUUCUCCUUUUAAAGCCAGAGAUUUUGAAGUCCUAAACUUAAUAAUUAAUGCGUUCAUGAUAUCUGCUUGGUUUAUGAACUGUAAUAAAAAGGUUUACCAAUUGGACUAUGACACUGAGAAGACUUUGAACUUCAGAGAGAUCCCCCAUUUAAGGAGGUUUCCCAUCUACUACAAAUUAAUCAUCGGCACAACAAUCCCUUGUCUUCAGAACUGGCAUUGGCACACUUGGGUCCUUGGGUGAGGAAAAAAAAAGUAUUUCGCAAAUUGAAUGCUCUAGAUUGGAGUUUGACUCAUGAACUUAAUGUGUUUAUUUUCUUAACCUGUAGGGAUUUUGAGCACACCCAUAGUAUUCAGCAUACCAUCACUGAAUACGUCUCACCUGGCAGAGAACCAUCCCAUCUCUCAGACUUAACUAUCUUGCAAAAGAUAAGGAGCACAUAGCUCAGCCAAAGUGAGGGAAGGACCUAGACCGAUCUGUAAAAGCCUCUUCACACUAGCAAUGAUGUUUCAAUGCAAUAAAUGAUAAAUUCGCACAGCAAUAAAAAAGUACAAAGCUCA